GUCAGAGGACCCUCCACCACCGGGGAGAUGUCCUGGAGACCCUGGUGCUGCUCAACCCUUCGGACAAGUCCCUGUGUGACGAGCUGCGGAACCUGAUCACAGACGUGUCCCAGCACAAGCUGCUGGUGUUUGCUGGGCCCUGCGUGGAGGAGACAGGGGAGCUGAUGCUGCAGACAGGCUGCUUCUCCCUGAGGGAUUUCAUCCAGAUCUUCACCGACAAGGAGGUCGGGGAGAUCCUGAGCUCCGCGGAUCCCUCAGCCAAAGCCAGACUGACCAUCAGCUGCCCUGACUUUGGGGAGUGGAAGGACUCGGCCUUGGACCAUCAGAACCUCCAGGACUUCAUCGAGCUGCGCUACAACCCGGGCUGUGUCCUACCAGAGAUGGAGGGGCUGGAGGAGUUCAUGGAGUACCUGUCGGAGUCGCUGGAGCCCCAGUCCCCGUUCGACCUCCUCGAGCCCCCCACCAUGGUUGGCUUCCUGAAGCUCUCCAAGCCCUGCUGCUAUAUCUUCCCGGGUGGGAGAGGGGACUCAGCUUUCUUUGCUGUCAAUGGCUUCAACGUCUUGGUCAACGGUGGCUCCAACCCCAAAUCAUCCUUCUGGAAGCUGGUCAGGCACCUGGACCGCAUCGACUCCAUCCUGGUGACCCACAUGGGAACAGACAGCCUGCCUGGAGUCAACAGCCUGCUGCAGAGGAAGCUGGCUGAGCUGGAGGAGGACCCAUCCCAGAGCUCCCAGGGGAAUGGGGACUGGGCCAAGAACCUCAUCUCCCCCGAGCUCGGCGUCGUCUUCCUCAACGCCUCCGAGAAGCUGAAGGACAUCGAGGGGAACUCCCGGGUGCUGAAGAGCUGUGAUGAGGCUGCCCUGACCCUGCACUACCUGGAGAAGUUGGGCAUCCAUCCCAACCCACUGGCCCGGGACAGUGGACCCCGUGCUGAGCCCACUGUCCUCUUCCAGAAGAUGGGAGUGGGCCGGUUGGACAUGUAUGUCCUGAACCCUGAGCAGGACUUGCCCCUGCAGUGCUUGACCUCUGUCUGUGCCCUGCUUGUCUGGCACCCUGUCAGCCCCACCGAGAAGAUCAUCCGGGUCCUCUUCCCUGGCUGCACCCCCCAGGGCCGCAUCCUGGAGGGGCUGGAGAAGGUGAAGCACCUGGAGUUCCUCAAGCACCCCGUGGUCACCAAGAAUGACUUGAAGGGGCCGUCAGCAUCCCAACCAGAGAAGCUGCUCAAGCAGAAGAGGGCAGAGAGCAAGGAGAGCCUGAAGUCAGCUUCCAAGAUCAGCUUGGUGGACACCGGAGCGCUGGCACCAAAGGAGAAGGCUCCAUCAAAGGUGGAGAGGAAGGAGGUGAAGGCAGGGACCAAGGAGAAGCCAAAAUCCCUGGGGGAGGCAGCCAGAGCAGGGUCAGAAGAGGAGAAAGCCAAGGAUGCUCGGGCCAAGCUGGACUCUUCAGUGGAGAAGCUGAAGACGGACACGAAGCCGAAGGUGAUCAAAGAGAAAGUGGCGCCCAAGAAGGAGCCCGUGCCCCGGAAAGAGGAGAAGAAGCUGCUGAAGAAGGAUGAGGGGGCUGAGGUGAAGGGGGAGGCCAAGAAGGAGGUCAAGGUGGUGGUGAAGAAGGAGGUGAAGGCUGAGACGCUGCGGAGGGACACAAAGGAGAGCAAGGUAGAGACCAAAGCUCCUGCCAAGACCCCAGCCCGGAAAACAUCGGCCCUGGAGCCCCGCAAACCCCUGGCCAAGACCAGCAGCGUCAAGAAACCCCCCUUGAAGAAGGAGCCAGAGAAACCCAAGGCCAAAGCCCCUCGGGAGGUGGGUGGCAGGAAGGAGCCAGGGGUGUCAGAUGGCUCCAAGUCCUCCUCCCCUGAGGACAUGCUGCCCGAGGCAGAGCAGGGCCAGGGGGCUGCCUCACCGGGGGCUGGUGGGAGGAGGGGGAAGGAGGAAUCCACAGAUGAAGGCAUCACCACGGCUGAGAGCGAGCUGGAGCCUUCACCGCUGGAGAACGGGGGGGCUGAGGGCCCAGGGGAUUCAUCCUGCCUGGAGAACGGCCUGGAAGACCCCGAGAGCCACCAACGCUUCCACUACCUGGAGGGCAGCCCCCUCCGAGCCGUCUGCCCCCCCUCACCCCUGGCCAAGACCCCCAAGAGCGACCGCAGCGUCAACUUCGACCUGACGCCCACGGGAGCGCUGACCCACGGCCCCGAGGGGGGCGAGGAUGCCUGUGCACGGGCUGCAGCCCCCCAGGGCCCCCCCAUCUACGUGGACCUGGCCUACCUGCCCGGCUCCUGGAGCGCCCGGACCGUGGACGAGGAGUUUUUCCGGCGCGUCCGUUCCCUCUGUUACGUGAUCAGCGGCGACGACCACCUGAAGGAGGGGGUCCUGAGGGCCCUGCUGGACGCCCUGCUCGCUGGCAAACAUCAGUGGGGCACUGACACCCAGGUGACCUUGAUCCCCACCUUUGACUCGCUGGUGAUGCACGAGUGGUACCAGGAGACCCACGAGCGGCAGCAGGAGUUGGGCAUCACAGUGCUGGGCAGCAACAGCACCGUGGCCAUGCAGGAUGAGACCUUCCCUGCCUGCAAGGUGGAGUUCUGA